CUCGCGUAAGUAAAGCAAGUGACAAGUCAAGAGCCUGAAAACAACUUCUUUUUCAAGCUUACAAAGUCUACAAAAUCCACCACAAUGCCUUUGGGUGUUAAGCCAAUUUGUGUAACAUGUAAGACAGAAAACUCGACCUUGUGGAGGAGGAGUCCAGACGGAGAAAUCCUGUGCAAUUCUUGCGGUUUAAAACACCGGCCUUCGGGAGAUGGCAGCGAGGACGGCACUGUCAGACCGCCGACAGGAGGCGCGAAUUCCUCGGGGCCGAACGGUGGUGGGUCCGGUGGUCGAUUCGGUCGGGAAGGGACAAGGAAGUCGGCUAGAAAUGUGAAGAAACUCCGCUACAAACAGAUCGUUAAUAAUGCAAAGUCACAAGCCACAAAAGGGAAGAAUAGGCGGAUCAUUUUUAAACGAAAUCCAAUGAAAGCUCCAGAACCUGUCGCAACUGUUGUAACAAGUACCAGUGUUUUCCAUCAUGGAAGUUACUUACAAGUCGGUGAUAUUGUAUCCAUCUUGGAUGUUGAGGGUGGUAUUUACUAUGCACAAGUCCGAGGUUUUCUGCAGGACCAGUAUUGUGACAAGAGUGCUGUCAUCACGUGGUUGCUUCCAACACAAGCAACGGAAAAGAAAAACUUUGAUCCAUCAACUUACAUUCUUGGUCCCGAGGAAGAGCUUCCCCGUUCCCUGGAGUACAUGGAGUUUGUUUGCCACGCCCCCAGUGAGUACUACCGAGCUAGGAGUACCCCUUACUCUGUAGACAGGACGAGGGAGGAGAAGGGAUUCAUAUGGUCCAGUGUCAUCCCACCUAGACCACCCUCGACCUCGGAAAUAUUUGGUGGGAAGAGAUGACCUAAGGAGAAGUUUAGUAAUCGAUGAGAACUGUCUUGAGAACUGAUUAGUGAGUUUUUACAGAGACAACAUCAGCUUUUGCAUCACUUGUAUUGUAGACUUGGUUUCUAGUCUGAGAUCGCAAUUAUUUAUCUGACAGCGUAGGCUAAUGAUGGAGGUUAAUCCACAAGAGGGCGCUAUUUCAGUCAACAGUGUGUAGUGUCACUGAAUUGGACAGCACCAUCAUUUUUCAAUCAUGUAUUGGCUAUCGGGUAGAAUAAAAGCCACGUUCAAAGACUUGGAACCAAGUCUGCUAGUACUAGAACAAUGAGUACUAUUCAAGAAAUUUUUCAUUUUACAAAUUUCAUCCCAGAGUUUAAAGACUUGGGAAAUUCUGGAGACCGAGCCCAUUAUAUCCGAAACUUGAGACUUUAAAGUCUGUGGUUGUUUCUAAAAUUUGAAUAAAUUUCUGCCUGGUAAUGGAACAAAGUUAAAUGACUUGUUUGAUUUUGUUUGUAUGGUAGUUAUUAGCGACAAUAUCACUUGUAACGAUCGUCUUCAAUGAUACAGCCUUGGUCCUACUUCAUACAGCCGCUGAACACUAAAAGUAGUUAAUCACAACAAAUUAUGUUUACCAGAAUAACCAGUUAUAAAACCAUUCGACAAAAAAGUGUCUGGUAUCCUGCAUGUUUAUGCUGAGCAGAAAACUAUUAAGCAAUGGUUGAAAUUGGGCCCGGGUCAAAUUUCUUACCAACAAAUACUAAACAAAGGUUUUUCUGUGCUUUAUGAAAUUUGGCCCUGUUGAAUCACAAAACAUACCUACAAGUAUAUAGUGACUGAGUGUACAAACUUAAAAUCAUUCAGAGACAAAAUAAACCAACUAAAAAACCAACCUGAAUGUACCUGAUUGUAUACAAAGUUUUUUAAUCAAAUUCAAAUGGCAAUAUAAUAAAUUAUUUAUCUUUAGUCAAGUCACUGCCUGAGCAGUAAAGAUAUGUACAAAUAUAAAAAUAGUUGGUUUUAAAUCGAUACAAAUUAUCCAAACAUGGGUCAAAACACAUCAGCACUAUCUGAAAUGUUACACAAUUAAUGAGACAAUUACUGGGCUCCAAGCAAUUUCUGAAAGGGAUACGACAUAUAAGACGAUCCUUCAAAGCCACACAAAAACAAAAACAACUUCAUCUUUGGAAACUGGUAGACUGUUCUGAGUUGCUCAAUGUCAAUACUUGGGACUUUUGUUAAAAUAAAAACAAAUUAAGAAAUGGACACUUGUUUUUUUCAGCGACACAAAACAACUAUAGUUGCAACAAGCUUUUGGUUCAUGAUGGGGCUUUGUUAUAAAGACAUCAAGGAAACAAACGUAUAACUAUGUCUUUAAACAUUUCGAGACCAAUUGCAAGCAAAUUAUUACGAUAAUUUUAUGCAUUAAAAUGAUUUACAAAGUACA